AGCUAGCAAGGCCGAUACGGCUGGCGUCUCUGGCUGUUCCAGACGCACAUCUUCUGGAACCGCCUCUCCCACCCUUUCCUUGCAUGAUCCUGGCUUAGAUGAAAAUGCUCUGCUUGUAGAAGAAUUUGUGGGCUGGUGGCUUUGACGGAGCCUCCCGGCACAACCCCAACUGUUCAUUCCAUACAUAUCAGUAAGGCCCUCGCCACCCACACUGAAUCGAUCUCUCGGAUAUCAUUAAUUUACUUUUUUUCCUUCUUUUCUUUCUUUCCUUCCCGGCAGUAUUGCUGCCUCUAUUUUCUUGUUGAACUGCCUACAUGUAGGAGCAACGUUUGUAUAAUACGCACACGGUAUUCCACGGGUGGAUCGCGGACGACGUUUCGCACACACGUCUUACGGGCGUGUUUCUUUUCAUCCUAAAUCACGACUGCGGGAGCCAACAGUAGCAGCAGCCCUCUGCUUACCUGUGGAUAAUGGUGGACUCUCGCAUUCAACAAGCCAUCGCGGAUGGCAAUGUUCCACCGGGCAUCACGGCCGAAUUCUUGAGCGAGAGCCGUGACCGAGCGUCGAUUAUCGGCAUUGUUUUCGUCACGGCCCUGACGUUUAUAGUCGUAGUCACACGGCUGAUAUCCCGAUCACUUAUUGUACGGCGCAUUGGUAUUGACGAUGUGCUGGCCGCAGUGUCACUGGCCCUGUUAAUAUGCUUCGUUGGAUUGAGCAUUGAGCUCAUCAACCUGGGCUCCGGCAGGCAUUUUGCCUUUAUCGAAUACGUGCUGGAUGUACCCACGGUCCUUCGGACGCAGGUGCUGGAUUUCGUUGCGCAUAUCAUCUACACGACGGCCCUCUUGCUAUGCCGCAUAUCCGGUCUGGCAUUCUACUACCGAGUGUGUGGGCUUCACAACAACUUCUUGAUAGCCAUCAAGGUAGUCUUCGGCAUCUUGGUCGCCGGUUUCCUCCCCCAGAUCUUCCUGCUCAUCUUCCACUGCAAGCCAGUCACGGGCUACUGGCCGUAUGGGUGGGAGCCUGUUGCUCCUCGCUAUACUUGCCUGCAAUGGGGUGUGGUGUACAGUGUCAACUCGUCGGUGUCACUGCUCUGCGACUUGCUUCUCUUUGGCAUCCCCAUUGCGAUGCUGCGGAGUCUAGAGAUGUCCCGUAAGCGUAAGAUCCAGCUGGCCGGCAUUCUGCUUCCGGGUAUCGCAGUCAUUGCGAUUUCGAUUACUCGACUGGUUCUUGUUAUCCUCGGACAGUGGGAGACGGACGAAUCAUGGUCGUACGACCCCAUGUUGGGCGUGGAAGCAUCCGAGAUAGGAGCUACUCUCAUCGCCUUGUCGGUACCUGGAGCCAAGCCGCUGUUUGAUAAGGUCUUCUUCAAGAAGGAUGAUUCCCAGACAAGCGGCGCAUCCCACUACGGACGCAAAACCAGCUCUUUCCGCUCUCGAGGAACUGCUCUGAGCAACUUGAGAUUCCAGACGAACAGCCAGCACAGCAUACUGGGAAGCCAGGAAGACGAGGGCCCCAAGUAUGCUCCCGAGACUUCGGCAACUGUUGGCAGCAGGCAUAACAACGACGGAGAUGGAAUCUACGUUCAGGUCGACUUUGAUAUCAAAGAGGCCCGAGUGAAUACGAACACUACGCCGAGCCUGAAUAGUCGAUAGAAAAAAGUUUUGCUUUCCUACUCAGCUAUGGAUUCCUUUGUUGUGCGCGUCUUUUUGUUUUGUCUUGUUUUAUUUUUUUUUUCCCUUCGUGCCACCAAUUUUUUCCCCCUCAUUUUGGUUUAUUGCGUUACUCAACACAUAAACUUGUAAUGUUUACACCCAUCGAUAUGCCCCUGCAGUUAUGAAGGAUGGGAAAAGCAGCGAUGACGAUGAGCUACAUGUACAUGUAAUUAGCUCGAAUGUGGGAAGGGUUACAUCUGCUAGCUUCGGCUAGUGGCCGUUCGUUGUAUUGGAUAAAGCUCAAGCAAGGAGAUAUUGAUACCCGGAUGGACAGCUUCUAUUUUUUUUUUUUUUUUUUUUUUU